ACAGAAACAUUUAUGAGCAAAAAUAAGCAACUGAUGUAGAAAGGGAAAGCCUUUCAUUUCAAUUAUACACUCCUCCGUCUUGUGUUGCAGUAUCUGAGAGAAACCCAUCAAUCGAUUUCAUCAGAAAGUAAAAAUCAAAAUAAAAAAGUGGAAGCUUGUUGCUGUCGUUGAUCAAUGGCGUCGAAUCAGCAGCAGGGAAGUGCGGAGAAACCGGCGAAGAGGAAGCCAGUGUUCACCAAAGUGGAUCAGCUGAAACCGGGAACCAACGGUCACACCUUGGUGGCGAAGGUGUUGUCUUCAAACACCGUCUUGAACAAAGGGAGACCCUCCUCUUCCCAAAACCUUCGCCCCACUCUCAUCGCAGAGUGCCUCAUCGGCGACGAAACCGGCACCAUCCUCUUCACCGCUCGCAACGAUCAAGUUGAAUUGAUGAAGCCAGAUACUACGGUGAUUCUCCGAAACGCAAAGAUAGACAUGUUUAAGGGAUCAAUGAGGCUGGCUGUCGACAAAUGGGGCCGCAUUGAGGUAACUGAACCAGCAAAGUUUGUAGUUAAAGAGGAUAACAACCUAUCUCUGGUCGAAUAUGAAUUGGUGAACGUGGUUGAGGAAUGAUUCUGCUGAAGAGUGCAAACAUGGCUUUAUGAUUUGUUUAUUGCACAAUGGAUACUGGGAAGGUGAAACAUAACUGGUGAUGGAUUGGACUGGUAUACGUUCUUACUUGUAUCUAGGCGGUAUUUCCCUUUAACAUGUGACAUUUCUUAGGGCUAAGCUUAAGUCACUUGGAUAGUAUUGUCUCAACACUAAGAUUUGCUAUUAUCUUUGUCAGCAGCUGUAUCCAAUGGAGAAAAGUAUGAUAUUUUGUUUAUAUGAAUAUGUUAUUCCCCAUAUUCGUUUCCAUCAGCCUGCAAUGUGUUUUUAUUUUUAUUA